AUUUGGAGUUGUUAUAAGGAGAAGAAGCUCUUAACGGUCCUUCUUCUUAGAAACUUGGACACAAUCUUGGUAUUCACGCGCACCUUUAGUAAUUUAUUUCUCUAAAAGAACGGACCUGAACACUUGAGCAUCAUGACAGUAGUGGGCUGUACGAAGUGUAUCAAAUUCAUGCUCUUUUUCUUUAAUUUCGUUUUCUGGGUGAGUUGAGACUUUUUUUACUUUCUUUUUUUUCUCGUGAUCAUGUAUUUUUUUUUACGGUGUUACUUUAUAUUGAUUAUUAUCAGCACACUUCUUCAAUCUGUGGUUGAUUAAAAGUGCAUCUUGAAUGUUACUUCUUAGCUCAUAAUAGAACUUAAGUAAUACUCCAACGGCUGUGAUACCAACCUGUCUAUUUCAGAUCAGCCACACGGUAUCACCGAGGUACUGAGGAGCCCCCAUUCAAUACUACUUUCAUAUGGGCAUAUCCAAUGAGAAUAUCACAAGCUGUUAUGUUGUGUGAGAUUCUCUCAUAGGAUAGGCCUAUAUUUUUCAAUGAUCCAACUGAAGAUUUAACCAUGUAAAACUGUAGUGGCUCAAAAUAGUAAGCCUGUCCUCAUGGAGGAACUGUAGACUUUUCAAUCAUUCUGAAAAUCCAAUUCCCUACACAUAACACAUACAAUCAAACAACAAUUGGAUUGUAGAAUGUAUAGAUUAAGACAUAUAAAAGCCUAGUAUUUUAAUUUUGCUCACAACAGAUACAUGGAGCUGGUUUGUGCGCGCGCAUGUGCGUGUGUGUGUGUGUGUGUGUGUGUGUGUGUGUGUGUGUGUGUGUCUGUGUGUGUGUGUGUGUGUGUCUGUGUGUGUGUGUGUGUGUGUGUGUGUGUGUGUGUGUGUGUGUGUGUGUGUGUGUGUGUGUGUGUGUGUGUGUGUGUGUGUGUGUGUGUGUGCGUGUGUGUGUGUGCGUGUGUGUGUCUGUGUGUGUGUGUGUGUGUGUGUGUGUGUGUGUGUGUCUGUGUGUGUGUGUGUUGUGUGUGUGUGUGUGUGUGUGUGUGUGUGUGUUGUUUGUGUGUGUGUGUGUGUGUGUGUGUGUGUGUGUGUGUGUGUGUGUGUGUGUGUGUGUGUGUGUUGUGUGUGUGUUGUGUGUGUGUGUGUGUGUGUGUGUGUGUGUGUGUGUGUGUGCGUGCGUGCGUGCGUGUGUGUGUGGCUCCAUCCAGUUGUUAGCACAUGUGCCAGGAAGGCCAGCGCAGAGAGAUGGGGAGCGGACCUGCAUGGGUUCAAAUAGUAUUUGAAAUAUUUCCGAUACACUUUCAGCGCUUGCUUCAGUCAGCCUGGUGGGCAAGGAGGACUGGGUGUGGCUUUUGGAGCUAUUCUAUUGGUUGCAUUACACCAGGCAAGCUCAAUCAGGCAUAGUAAAGGUAUUUGAAAUGUUUUGAAAUACCAUUUGAACCCAGGUCUGAUUUGGAAGAUUGGGGAAAGGGGGAAAAUAUUUUUCUUUGACAUUUCCUUUGUUCCCACAUGCUUCCUUUUCAAAUUAACUGCAGUAGCUGGAUGUUUUGACUGUGACGGUUUGCUCAUGUUUAGGCUCAAAUCAAGAGUUUCAUUCCAAAACUCUAUAUAUCCAUUUUCAAGAAAUGUUGGUAAAUUAGCUUUUAUUGUUUAAAGAACUAAUGAAAUAGAUUGAUGUGUUUUUUCACUAUAUACCAUCAUGGCAUGGGGGUUGUUCAAUGACAGACAUGAAUUGAUUUGAAAUCUAUCACACGAUGGUUUCAUUUCAGAGAGACAAAUAAUCAUGUUUGUUUGCAAAAAGCUAUAUAUCUGCCUCACACUCAAAGAAAUAAGUAUACUGCUAGGUUUUACACAGUCAAAUGUAACAAUUAACUAAAUUUUCAAUAAAGAACUGUACAAAUGAUAUAAAUAUUUAAAAAAUACAUAUAAAACAUGAAUCAGUACAGUAAUAUGAGAUCUGUAUGUAAAACAUUUACAUUUGACAUUUCUAAUUUAGCAGAUGCUCUUAUCCAGAGUGACUUACAGUUAGUACAUUGAUCUUAAGAUAGCUAGGUGAGACAACCACAUAUCACCGUCAAGUGUACAGGAUACAAACAUUCCAUUCCAGUUAAACAAAGGAUAUAUAGCGUUUUGCAAAACAUUAUUGUAUAUUUUUUUAUGCACAUUUUACAUUUACAUUUAGCAGACGCUCUUAUCCAGAGCAACUUACAGUUAGUGAGUGCAUACAUUAUUUUUAUUUUGUAUUUUUGUAUUUUUUACAUACUGGCCCCCCCCGUGGGAACAUGUAAAAUCUCUGAAUAAAAAACCUGAGAACGGUAAUAUUUUACACACACAUGAAGAUACCCAUAAGCAAUCAUUUCUGAUGAAAAAACUACAUAGAAAAAUUUGUGUAUAUAGCGUUUUGGAUAUAACCCCAUCAAAUGUAGAAUUACUUGGUGGUAUCUAGGCUCGGGUCAAGGUAGGUUUACUUGGUAGUGUUUAGGCUCGGGUCAAGGUAGGUUUACUUGGUAGGGUUUAGGGUCAAGGUAGGUUUACUUGGUAGUGUUUAGGCUAGGGUCAAGGUAGGUUUACUUGGUAGGGUUUAGGGUCAAGGUAGGUUUACUUGGUAGGGUUUAGGCUCGGGUCAAGGUAGGUUUACUUGGUAGGGUUUAGGGUCAAGGUAGGUUUACUUGGUAGGGUUUAGGCUAGGGUCAAGGUAGGUUUACUUGGUAGGGUUUAGGGUCAAGGUAGGUUUACUUGGUAGUGUUUAGGCUAGGGUGGCAUGUUGGUACCCUGUGCGACUCUGCAAGCAUUUUAUUUUACAGUCACCCAUGGUAUUCUCCUUGCUUUUUCCUCAACCCCAUUUAGGAAAAUAACUCAUUUUCAUUAAAAGUCACGCAGCGUAUCCUGGACACUAGCUUCCCUGUGAUUUACUGUUUCCUCCUUUAGUGUUGUUUUUACUGGUGAGCUGCUAGAAUGGCAGUCUCUCUAACUCUCUUUUCACACUGAGGAUUCGGUUUCCUGAGAGAACAGUGGAGUCCAGAGACACAGGCUAGGUUUUUACGAACACUGACAGAUUGGAGAAGGUGACUGUUGUCACAAAGUGCUUUACAGUAACCUGGCGUAGACCCCAAAGAGCAAGCAGGAGCACAGAGGAGAGGACAAACUAUCAGGAAGACUGUGUUAACUGACUCUCUCUCUCUCUCUCUCUCUCUCUCUCUCUCUCACUCUGUCUCCUCUUCUUCUCCUCUCUCUCUCAUCACCUCUCUCUCUCUCUUCUCCUCUCUCUCUUCCUCUCCACUCUCUCUCUCUCUGCCUCUGCUCCUCUCUCUCCGCCCCUUCUCCCUCCUCGCCUCCUCUCUCUUCUUCUCCCUCUCUCUCUCUUUUCUCUCUUCCCUCUCUCUCUUCUCUUCUCUCUUCUCUCUCUCUCUCUCCUUCUCGCGUCUCGCUCUCUCUCUCUCCUCGCUCUCUUCUCUCCUCCCUCUCUCUCUCUCCUCCUCUCUCUCCUCUGUGUCUCUUCUCUGCUGUCUCUGUCUCUCUCUCUCUCAUUCUCUCAUCUGACAGUUGGCGUGGAGGUGUGAUCUUGGGAGUGGCACUAUGGCUUCGUCAUGACAACCAGACCAGCAGUCUUCUCAUGCAGCAGUUUGAAGGCCAGCAGGCUCCAAGCACCUUCUAUAUCAGUAAGUAUCGACAAACCAUUUCAAUAUUGUUGUUGUUUUCGACAUCUCUGUGUGAACCCUGGGGUGUGUUGGGUUGUGUGUGUCCAUCCAGGUCCUGCAGAGUUCAUGUCUACAGAAUUAUUUCCCCCAUCACUUUCUUCUCUCUCAGCCUCUUCUACCUCAGCCCCAUAAUGUACACAUUAACAUAUACAUGGUAAAUAUACAUGGUAAAUAUACAUGGUAAAUAUACAUGGUAAUAUACAUGGUAAAUAUACAUGGUAAAUAUACAUGGUAAAUAUACAUGGUAAAUAUACAUGGUAAUAUACAUGGUAAAUAUACAUGGUAAAUAUACAUGGUAAAUAUACAGUACAUGGUAAAUAUACAUGGUCUGAACGUUUUCAAAGGUCUGUGUGUAGGCUUCGGCCAUUUUGUUUGUUGUGGUAGCAAAAUGUACACUGUACACCCAUUAAUUAGAACUUGUGCUUCUCCACUCCCGUACGUACCGCAGCUAAGUAUACAGAGAGGAUAAAACUAUUUUUAUAUCAGAGGACAGGCCAACCAACCCAGCAGGGCUCACUGAUGAUUGGAGGGGUACGGCGGCAGGGUAGGCCCACCCAAAGGAACAUCAAGAGAGGUUUUUCGUCUCUCCUACCCCUCAAACACACGCCCUUGCAUAAUUCAAAUAACCUUGUACAUCUGGGCUUGUUAUAAAUUAGAGUUGAGAGUGGAUGUUUUUAGUCUGCCUGGCACACCAAACUGGUGUUUAUAUAGGGCUGGGAAUAUAUAAAUAUACACCCACUCCUGGGCUCCCCUCCUACCAGACCAGCUGAAGUAGUUAGCUAUUGCUGUUCUCAGACUCUGUGUCUUGGGGAAGUCAUCUGUAAUUGUUCUCUGUCUUCUGAAGGUGGACUAUGUAGUUGAUUCUGUCUCGACUAGUGGGUGGAGAGGGUUGAAGUAGUGCCACUGAUGAUUAAAGCCUUGUUGUUGACCUGCUAUAUGUAGUUUAAAGAAGCUGAAUAUUUGAUUGGCAGAAUAAUUUGAAUGUGGGGUUAUAGUUAUCAACUAGUAACAAAACUGUGAAGAGGGAAGUUCGGUCAUUCAUAUGUGUGAAGAGAGAGCAGUAGUGGUUGAAAGAGUCCACAAUGAAAGCAUUUUAUCUUGCUCCUGGUUUACCAAUAAGUUGUUAAUGGUAUAAAAAAUAGCUUUCAUAUCCUUCUGUUAGUAUUUUACACAACAUGCAUGGUCUCCCGCUCCCUCUCUCAGCAGGGUGUGUGUGUGUGUGUGUGUGUGUGUGUGCGUGUGUGUGUGUGUGUGUGUGUGUGUGUGUGUGUGUGUGUGUGUGUGUGUGUGUGUGUGUGUGUGUGUGUGUGUGUGAGUGUGUGGGAGGGAGGGAGAGAGAGAGAAAGAAACAGCAAGAGAGAGCUGGAGAUGGAGAGGGAGAAUGAGAAUUAGAUAGAUAGUCGGAGAGAGAGAGAUGGGGUGAGAGAGAGAUAGAGAGAGAGAUAUGGGGAGAGGGAGAGAUAUAGAGAGAGAGAUAGAUGAGAUGAGGAGAGGCUAGAAGAGAAGGAGAGAUAGACCCCGCUCGCCCUCGUCGCGCUCUCUACUGCCUCGUCUUUUCUCUCUCGCGUCGGUCGUCGCUUGCACUCUCCUGCUAUCUGUCGCCCUUACACCUGCCCACAAAAUGAGGUGAAACUGAGCUCCAUUUCCCAAACUCCUGCCAAAUGUUUGACCAUAUUAGAGACACAUAUUUCCCACAGAUUACACAGACCCACAAAGAAUUUGAAAACAAAUCAAACACUGAUAAACUCUCAUAUCCGUCAGGUGAAAUACCGCAGUGUGCAGUCACAGCAGCAAGAUUUGUGGCCCAUUGCCAUGAGAAAAGGGCAACCAGUGGAGCACAAACAACAUUGUAAUAAAAUAUAGUGUUUUAUAUUAUAUAUAUAUAUACUUAUAUUUAUCUCUUUAUUUAUCUUCCCUGUCAUACUACUUGAAAUGUCUAUAUUCUUUUAAAACUUUGGUGAAAUGUUCACUAAUGUUUCUUUGUUUAUUUCCCUUUUGUUUAUUGUCUAUUCCACUUGCUUUGGCAACAUAAACAUAUGUUUCCCAUGCCAAUAAAGCCUUUGAAUUUAAUUGAAACUGAGAGAGAGACAGAGAGAGAGGGGGUGAGAGAGGGGUGAGAGAGUGCGUAGAGAUAGGAAAGAGGCGGCGCACGUAGAGCACGUGCUGCUCUCUAGUCCAUCUCUCCCUCUCAUCGCUCUCUCUCUUCUCUCUCUCUCUCGCUCGCUCUCGCGCUCUCGCUCUCCUCUCUCCCUUGUCCUUUACUCUCGCCAUCUCGCUCCGCCCGCUGCGCUCUCUCGCGCUCUCUCUCUCUACUCUCUUCUCUCUCUCCUCUCCUCUCGUCUCUCUCUCUCUCUCUCUCUCGCUCUCUCCUUCCUCUCUCUCUCUCGCCCCCCCCUCAUCCCAAAUCUUCCCCCCCUCAAUUUCCCCCCGGUCCCUCAAUACAAACACCACCCUAAGAACAAAAAAGAACAGCACAUUAGAAAUCAGCUAGAUGUGAUGAGGAAUCCAUAGAAUCAAACCCCUUCUGGGAGAAUUGGAAUAAAUUAAACAAACCUCAUAGUGAGGAAUUGGCUUUCCAAAAUGGGGAUAUGUGGAGAAAAGGAAAUCACUUUGCAAACCUCUACAGCAAUAUAACAAAGAGCCCAGAACAACAAGAUAUACAAGAAAAAUUACAAAUCCUUGAAUCAGCAGUCAAAGACUAUUAGAAUCCUGUGGAUACCCCAAUUACAGAACAAGAAUUAUUGGAAAAAACUUUGCACUCUCCAACCCAAAAAGGCCUGUGGUGCUGAUGGUAUUUUAAAUGAAAUGAUCAAAUAUACAGACCACAAAUUCAAAUUGGCUAUACUCAAACUCUUCAACAUUAUCCUAACUGCAGGUAUUUUCCCCGAUAUUUGGAACCAAGGAUUGAUCACACCAAUUUAUAAAAAUUGAGACAAAUUUGACCCAAAUAAUUACAGAGGAAUUUGCGUUAACAGCAAUUUGGGGGAAAUUCUCUGCAGUAUCAUAAACAGCAGACUACAUAAUUUCCUUGAUGAACACAACGUCCUAAGCAGAAGCCAGAUUGGAUUUGUAAAAAAUUAUCGUACAACAGACCACAUUUACACCCAAAUCAAAACAAAGGCAAAAUCUACUCGUGUUUUGUAGUCUUCAAGAAAGCAUUUGAUUCAAUUUGGCAUGAAGGUCUUUUUUACAAACUAAUAGAAAGUGGUAUUGGAGGGAAAACAUAUGAUGUUAUUAAAUCAAUGUACACUAAAAACAAAUGUGCGAUUAAAAUCGGCAACAAGCAAACAGACUUCUUCUCUCAGGGACGUGGAGUGAAACAGGGCUGCCCAAUAAGUCCAACACUAUUUAACAUCUACAUUAACGAAUUGGCAAAAACAUUAGAAGAAUCGGCAGCACCUGGUCUCACCCUACACAACACUGAAAUCAAGUGUCUGCUGUACGCAGAUGACCUGGUGCUACUGUCUCCCACUAAGGAGGGGUUACAGCAGCAUCUAGAUCAUCUGCACAGAUUCUGUCAGACCUGGGCCCUGACCGUUAAUCUAGAAAAAACGAAUAUAAUGAUAUUCCAAAAAAGGUCAGGAAAUCAGGAUGACAAAUAUAAAUUAUAUUUGGACACAGUUCUAUUAGAACACACCAAAAAUUACACAUAUCUAGGACUAAAUAUCAGCAACACAGGUAGCUUUCACAUGGCUGUGAAUGAGCUGAGAGACAAAGCAAGAAGAGCAUUCUAUGCCAUUAAAAGGAAUAUUAAAAUUGAAAUUCCAAUUAGAAUCUGGCUCAACAUUUUCCAAUCAGUUAUAGAACCAAUUGCUCUAUAUGGCAGCGAAGUAUGGGGUCCGCUCUCUAAUACUGAAUUUACCAAAUGGGACAAACAUCCAAUCGAAAUACUGCAUACAGAGUUUUGCAAGACUGUAUUGCAAGUGCAAAGAAAAACUCAAAAUAACGCAUGUAGAGCAGAAUUGGGCCAAUACCCCCUCCUUAUUCGAAUAGAAAAAAGAGCCAUCAAAUUUUACAACCAUCUAAAAACAAGUGACCCCAAAACAUUCCAUCACACAGCUCUACUAUGUCAAGAGAUGAAACAAGAGAAGAGUCCCCUCUAACCAAAAGAGAGAAAGAAAGGGAGAGAGGGAGAGAGAAAGAAAGGGAGAGAGGGAGCAAGGGAGAGAGAGAGAGAGAGAGGGAGAGAGAAAGAAAGGGAGAGAGGGAGAGAGGGAGAGAGAGGGAGGGAGAGAGAAAGAAAGUGAGAGAGGGAGAGAGAGAGAGAGAGAGAGAGAGAGAGAGAGAGAGAGAGAGAGAGAGAGAGAGAGAGAGAGAGAGAGAGAGAGAGAGAGAGAGAGAGAGAAAUAGAGAACUCACUGGGACUGUGUCUGCCUCUUUAGACUGCUCUGUCAGGGUGGAUUAGAAGUUGCCUCUGUGUGUGUGUGUGUGUGUGUGUGUGUGUUACACAAGAAUAGUAAACCAAGAAAAAUAUGACCAACUGGGGACAUUUUGUUGGUCCCCACAAGGUCAAAUGCUAUUUCUAAGGGGUUUAGGGUUAAGGUUAGAAUUAGGGUUAGGGUUAGGGUUAGGAGAUAGGGUUAGGGUUAGGGGUUAGGGUUAGGGUUAAGGUUAGGUUUUUGGGUUAAGGUUAGGGUUAGGGUUAGGGUUAGGGUUAGGAUGGAUCUGGGAAGUUGAUGUCUUCCUGUGCCAGUAACAGGAUGUUAGGGUUAGGGUUAGGGUUAGGGUUAGGGUUAGGGUUAGGGUUAGGAGAUAGGGUUAGGGUUAGGGGUUAGGGUUAGGGUUAAGGUUAGGUUUUUGGGUUAAGGUUAGGGUUAGGGUUAGGGUUAGGAGAUAGGGUUAGGGUUAGGGGUUAGGGUUAGGGUUAAGGUUAGGUUUUUGGGUUAAGGUUAGGGUUAGGGUUAGGGUUAGGGUUAGGGUCAGGAUGGAUCUGGGAAGUUGAUGUCUUCCUGUGCUAGUAACAGGAUGUUUGGGUUAGGGUUAGGGUUAAGGUUAGGGUUAGGGUUAAGGUUAAGGUUAAGGUUAGGGUUAGGGUUAGGGUUAGGGUUAGGGUUAGGGUUAGGGUUAGGUUAGGGUUAGGGUUAGGGUUAGGGUUAGGGUUAGGGUUAGGAUGGAUCUGGGAAGUUGAUGUCUUCCUGUGCUAGUAACAGGAUGUUUGGGUUAGGGUUAGGGUUAGGGUUAGGGUUAGGGUUAGGGUUAGGGUUAGGGUUAGGGUUAGGGUUAGGGUUAGGGUUAGGGUUAGGGUCAGGAUGGAUCUGGGAAGUUGAUGUCUUCCUGUGUCAGUAACAGGAUGUUAGGGUUAGGGUCAGGAUGGAUCUGGGAAGUUGAUGUCUUCCUGUCAGUAACAGGAUGUUUGUCUCACAUGUCAUAACACUGGGACAGCAACGCCAUCAGGAAAAGACCAAGAACUCUAUUACAAUUUCUGUGGAGGUUGACUACCAUCUGCUGGUGUCUCACAUACAGUUUCCAUAUCUCACAAACUUGUCUAAACUCUCCUCCUCUCCUCUCCUCUCCUCUCCUCUCCUCUCCUCUCCUCUCCUCUCCUCUCCUCUCCUCUCCUCUCCUCUCCUCUCCUCUCCUCUCCUCUCCUCUCCUCUCCUCUCCUCUCCUCUCCUCUAGGUGUGUACAUCCUGAUAGCUGUGGGAGCUGUGAUGAUGUUUGUAGGGUUCCUUGGUUGCUACGGGGCCAUCCAGGAAUCUCAGUGUCUCCUGGGCACGGUGAGUGAGUGACCACUAGAGGGCAGCAGGACACACUUCACAUCUGUCACGGCAUUCCUCUAAAGCCCUAUUCACACGGGGCUCGUAUUACUAAAGAACGUUGGUUAUGUAAUUUUUACCUCCAGAAUGUCUGUUAUUCCAGAGGACGAUUCGGAUGGGUUUCGUUUAUUCCAAACUGUAAUUAUUUCCUUUUUUUGUUUGUAAUUUUUCUAGGCGUGAAGAUAUUUCAAUGAAUCCAGGCGAUAACGAUAACAGGGCUACACCGAUAACUCCAGCUUUGGUUGUCAAGUUUCUAAACCAUACCAAACCAUCUUUGGUAUAGUGUCGCCAUAAUAUUUGAAUCGAGGAAGUGUGAUCAUAAUCAUUAGGAUAUUUUUGCGAUCCGCAGUACAUCCUAAAUGCCCGCCAGCCUUCAGAUGUGAGCUAAACAGUGCACUUGCGCUUGAGAUGCGUUUUAAAGCCAUGGAUGAGAAAUGUAACUAAUCAUUUCUAAACGUUUAGGUCAGUUGUAUGCUGCUUUGCGAUCUAUUAACAGCAAGGGUUGCAUUAAAUAUGCGCAGUAUUUUUUUAUGGUGCAUUUGGCAAUAUUCAAUUCAUUUGCACAAAACGUUAAAAAAACAUUAACAUUAACCCCUAAGGUCGAUAUCCGCACCCUCGCAGAAAUCUAAUUAGCAAAAUAAUAAAAUAUCUGCCUAUGUCGCACUUCCGCAUCUGCAGAGCUAGAGCGGUGUUUGUCAGACCAUGACACAUUCCAAGAAUCGGUCACAAAAUCGUCUGUAGCGUCCGAACGGUUUGGCCUAAAAAAAACUAUUAUCAGAUGAGACUCACGAACACAAUGGCGUUCUCCGUUUUGCUCUACGACCCCCCAGAGGCGUCUUGGGACUCGUCUGAAGUCGGUACAGCCGACUUCUGUCUGAAGCGUCUAAACAGCUACACACUAGUAAUAUUGGCCCCUCUGUGGAAAGAUGUACACUACCAGUUAAAAUGUUGGACACACCUACUAAUUCAAGGGUUUUUCUUAAUUUUUUUAAACAAUUUUUUACAUUGUAGAAUAAUAGUGAAGACAUCAACACUAUGAAAUAACACAUAUGGAAGCAUAUAGUAACCAAAAAAGUCUUAAACAAAUCAAAGGCCAUCAAGGCAAAGCGUGGCUAUUUGAAGAAUCUCAAAUAUAAAAUAUAUUUUGAUUUGUUUAACACUUAUUUGGUUACUACAUGAUUCCAUAUGUGUUGUUUCAUCGUUUUGAUGUCUUCACUAUUAUUCUACAAUGUAGAAAAUAGUAAAAAUAAAGAAAAACCCUGGAAUGAGCAGGUGUUCUAAAACUUUUGACCGGUAGUGUAUAUAUAAUGUUUCCUAAUCUUUCUUAUAUCUCUCAGACAGACACUUCAGAACAAACUUUCUUUAGAUUUUUGGGGGGGACUAUCUGUUGUUCCAAUCUGUGGGCUAAUAAAAUAAAAUGUUUCAUCAAAUCAUUUUUUAUAUAUAUAUAUUUGAUCAUUCAAGGGGUCUUAAAAUUCAAAAUCAAAUAGAAAAAUGAUCCUUGGUAUGACCUGAAAACAAUUCCAUGUAGCUUAGUAGAACCCAAUCUCAGGCCAGCUAUACUGUCUCGCAAUUGAGCCGUUGCUUUGUUUACUACGAGCGAAGCUUACUGGUUUCUCCAUGCCAGGGAUGACACAGAAUCCAGGGACAGCUUUGUCUGCGUACGCAGAUGAUGUGACAGUGUUCAUUACAGUGAGCGAGGACGUUCAGGUUCUCUCAAGUGCAUGAGAAGGCCUCUUCGCCUAGGAUGAAUUGGGCCAAAAGUGAAACUCUGUGGGCAGGGGGUUACAAUGGGGUGAGGGGCUCAGAGGAGUUUCAGAAAAAGAACUGGGAGGGUGUAGUGGAGGAGGUGUGUGCCAGACUGUCUCGGUGGAAAUGGUUGCUGCCCCAGCCGGCCUACAUUUACAUUUACGUCAUUUAGCAGACGCUCUUAUCCAGAGCGACUUACAUUAUUAUUUUUUAUUUUCAUACUGGCCCCCCCAUGUGAAUCGAACCCACAACCCUGGCGUUGCAAACGCCAUGCUCUACCAACUGAGCUACCUCCCUGCCAUGCCAUUCCCACGCCUACCCUGGACGACGCUGGGCCAAUUGCGCGCCGCCCCCCAUUGGUCUCCCGGUUGCAGCUGGCUACAGCAGAGCCUGGAUUCGAACCAGGAUCUCUAGUGGCACAGCUAGCACUGCGAUGCAGUGCCUUAGACCACUGCGCCACUCGGGAGAUGCCUAUAGGGGAAGGGUUCUGGGUAGCCAACAACCUGACCUCCUCCACCCUGUGGCACAGACUGAUAGUGUUACGGCCACCAGGAGGUCUGAUACAGGAGCUUUCUACUGGUCAGGACAGCACUGAUACAGGAGCUUUCUACUGGUCAGGACAGCACUGAUACAGGAGCUUUCUACUGGUCAGGACAGCACUGAUACAGGAGCUUUCUACUGGUCAGGACAGCACUGAUACAGGAGCUUUCUACUGGUCAGGACAGCACUGGAUUCGAGCUGCGGCCUUGUACCUGCCACUGCAAGAAGGUGGGCAGGGCCUAUUGGACAUUGCCUCAAGGGUCACGGCUUUCCGUCUGCCUGCAGCCCAGAGACUGUUAUAACACGAUGGUCUCAGCUGGAUGGAUACAGACUGCUGAGGAGGGCGGGUCGGCUGGGCCUGGACAAGCAGCUGUUCCUCUUGAGACUGGAAGGGGGUUGAUUUGACUGGCCUCACUCCUUCCAACAGUCUGUCCUGCAAGCUUGUCAAGUGCUUGCAGGACAAGCCAGCCUGUGUUCAAUCCUGCUAGGGGGGCUGGAUGUACAAAGUUGGGGCACAUGAUGCAGAGCAUGAGUAGUGGUGAAGCUGGAAGAGAGGGUGGGUCAUCCGGCCUGCUGAAGCAGGUGGUAACAGAGGUCCGGUCAUCCGGCCUGCUGAAGCAGGUGGUAACAGAGGUCCGGUCAUCCGGCCUGCUGAAGCAGGUGGUAACAGAGGUCUCCGAAUCCUUCCAGCAACUUAUCGGGCAUUUGUGUCCAACAACACACACGCUGACCAGUAGGAGGGCCAAGAUUACGUUAUCCCUACUGUGAAUGUCAUCGCUGCUGCUGAGAGGGGGUGCAGGAGGGUGAGGGGAUGCUGCUGUCUUUCAAGACCCCAGAACUGGGGGAGUUCAUGGCAGUGGGAAGAAAGGCGAUGUACACGACAUGUGUAAAGGUGUCGCGUGCGUCCUCCCUGGCAGGGGUGAGAUCAACGAGGUGGGCCGGUUUGUUUGGACCAAUCGCUGCCAAUUGAUAAAUGGACAGCUGACCCCCAAUGGAGGAUAAUACAUGGAGCCAUAGCCACCAACAGGCAUCUGGUCCACCUGGAUCCUAGUGUUGGGGAGGGGUGUCCGUUCUGUGUCUGGUCCACCUGGAUCCUAGUGUUGGGGAGGGGUGUCCGUUCUGUGCCUGAAUCUGAGUUGCUAGCUCAUCUUUUUAUCCAAUGUCCCAGACUGGUGGGGAUGUUUACACUGUUAACCAGCUGGUUUUCUGCCUUGGGGAAGUAUUGGGGCUGUUUACACUGUUAACCAGCUGAUUUUCUGCCUUGGGGAAGUAUUGGGGCUGUUUACACUGUUUACCAGCUGGUUCUCUGCCUUGGGGAUGUAUUGGGGCUGUUAACAUUGUUAACCAGCUGGUUCUCUGCCUUGGGGAAUUAUUGGAGCUGUUUACACUGUUAACCAGCUGGUUCUCUGCCUUGGGGAAGUAUUGGGGCUGUUUACACUGUUUACCAGCUGGUUCUCUGCCUUGGGGAUGUAUUGGGGCUGUUAACAUUGUUAACCAGCUGGUUCUCUGCCUUGGGGAAUUAUUGGAGCUGUUUACACUGUUAGCCAGCUGGUUCUCUGCCUUGGGGAAGUAUUGGGGCUGUUUACAUUGUUAACCAGCUGGUUCUCUGCCUUGGGGGAGGUCUUGGGGCUGUUUACACUGUUAACCAGCUGGUUCUCUGCCUUGGGGAAGUAUUGGGGCUGUUUACAUUGUUAACCAGAUGGUUAUCUGCCUUGGGGGAGGUCUUGGGGCUGUUCACAUUGUUAACCAGCUGGUUUCUCCCUUGGCGGAGGUUAUGGGGCUGUUUACAAUGUUAACUAGCUGGUUCUCUGCCUUGGGGGCGGUCUUGGGGCUGUUUACAUUGUUAACCAGCUGGUUCUCUGCCUUGGGGGCGGUCUUGGGGCUGUUUACAAGUAAAGCCCUGAGAUUACAUGUAUAUCCAAUUAGAAAAGGUUUACAAAUUAACCUUUAUGUUUCUUUCUCUUUCAGUUCUUUUUCAUGUUGAUAUGCCUGUUCGCCUGUGAGGUGGCUGCUGGGAUCUGGGGAUUCAGCAACCGAGACACAGUAAGACACCCACCCACCCACACAACCCCCCCCCCCCCCCCCCCCACCCCCCCACCCAUCCCACCAACUCACACAGGGUACCAACAUACACCCCACCCCACCCCCACCCCACACCCACACAAACACACUCCCCCUGCCCCCCCACCCCAUACACACACACACAGACCCCCCCCCCCCCACACACACACAGAGACAUUGUACAAACCCCUAACUAACGUCUGCUGUUCCAGAUCUCCAAGGAGAUGAUUAACUUCUAUGAUGCAGCGUACAUCAAGUCAGUGGACGUCGUAGACUCUCCCACCAAAACAGCUGCUAUCAAAGUCCUGGAGGUGUUCCACGAGACGGUACGUCGUCACCCUCACCAUUAUCAUAUAAGUCUGUUAAAUUGUUAUAGUAUCAUGUUAUCUUACAACGGUAGCUAUUCUUGUUGAAAAAUGUCUCUGUUAUUGCUGAGGGAAAGAGAUGCACAGCUGAUCACAGUGUUAUUUCAGUGUUCGUUAUGUUUGUUACAAUACCUCUAUAUGAUGUAUUCUCCUCAAUGUGAUAGUUUGUUGUGUGAUCGUUCAGUAGCACCUACGGGAGAGGGGGGGGGGGGAAUACCAAUCAAUCGACUAAUCAAUCAAGCAAUGGCAUGACUGACCGGUUGUCUCUACCUGUGUUUUCGUCAGCUGGACUGCUGUGGUAAAGGAGAUGACUCCCCCUUAUUCGUACAAGUAGCCGGAGCCCUGUGUCCCAAGAAGACCCUGGAAGAUGCCCUGUUGAAACCUUCGGUACAGUACACCACACGGUGGCGGUCGGUGCCGUUUAAAAUGGAGGACAAUUAUGUUUUUUAAUGAGCAUGGCCUUAUUUCUAUUACAGCAUAUUGGAUGACUGUCAUUCAUAUUCCAUCCACCCAGCUCAAUGUAACGUUGGUAGGUUUAGGCUACUACAUGAUACUAAAAUGUUCCCUAUACCCAUCAUGAGGUUGCUACAACCUAGCCUAUGAAUGAAAGUUUACAACUUAGGUGCACAGGUCAAGAGACAUUUGAGUAAUCAAGGUGACAGACAGUGACACAUUCAAUACCGCCUUGCACACUCUUGCUUGCAUCUAGCUGAUCUAGGGUGUAAUCAUUAGUCCAAACAAUUGCAAACGAGAGUUUCUAUUGGACAAAUUCAGGUAUGUUUAUUCCCAUUUCAUUCCGGUUUCUUCCGUUUAAGAAACGUUUUAAAACAGAAUUGUCAGAAUGAAUACACCCCUGAUCGCAAACACAGUCACUUUCAUAGUAGCCACAUACAAACAGCAUGAUCACUUGCUCGUUGUAUAAUUCCUUCUCACAUCCACACGCUCGCCUCCCCUCACCUUUUCCCUUCACUUGUGGACAGCAGUGCACAACACAACAGCUGUCUGUGACCAAGCGAAAAAACCUUUUCAAGCCAAACCUUCAUACCAUAACCGCUAACCGCUACACACAGCCUUCAUCGUUAUCACCAUAUUAGCUAACGUUAGUAAACCUGCUACAAUCAUGCAGUACAGUUUAGCAAACAGUUUAGCAGUUACACCGGCGUGCCCCUGUGGCAAUACAUUUAUAAAACCAAAAGCUUACUUUGACUUGGAAGAGUUCCAGUGUUGGAUAGCCUCUCUGUUUGAGCCGGGUGUUUGAGUAGGCUAAACUAUCCAGUUGCAUUCACUUAGCUAAGUAAGUGAAAGAGAAAAAAAAUACAACAAAAUAUCUCUCUCGCUGUUGUUCCAAACUGUUCAACUAUUGUCUUUCUCUCUCUUUGAGUCAAUUACUCACCACAUUUUAGCUAGCUAGCAGUAGCUUAUGCUUUCAGUACUAGAUUCAUUCUCUGAUCCUUUGAUUGGGUGGACAACAUGUCAGUUCAUGCUGCAAGAGCUCUGAUAGGUUGGAGGACGUCGUCCGGAAGUUGUCAUAGUUACUGUGUAAGUCUAUGGAAGGGGGUGAGAACCGUGAGCCUCCUAGGUUUUGUAUUGAAGUCAGUGUACCUAUAGGAGGACGUAAACUAGCUGUACUCCGGCUACACCAUGUUGCAGGGUGUUUUAAUCAAUUAUUUAGUGACGUGAAUAUAUUUAGUAUAGUUUUGUCUAAAAAGGAUAACUUUUUAAAAAUGUUUUUAAUAUAAAAAAAAAAUGUAAUUCACUGAGGAGGAUGGUCCUCCCCUUCCUCCUCUGAGAAGCCUCUACUGCAGUACACAUCCAUGUAAAAUCACAUGUAAAAUCACAUGACAAAAUCACAUGUUUUUACCUGGGAUUUUAUUCAUAUUUUCUUUUUGUGUGUGUAAUUCUUACCCCCCCCUUUUUCUCCCCAAUUUCGUGAUAACAAUCUUGUAAUAAUAUGCCAUUUAGCAGACGCUUUUAUCCAAAGCGACUUACAGUCAUGCAUGCAUAAAUGUUUUGUAUAUGGGUGGUCCCAGGGAUCGAACCCACUACCUUGGUGUUACAAGCGCCGUGCUCUACCAGCUGAGCUACAGAGGUCUCAUCGCUGCAACUCCACAAUGGGCUCGGGAGAGGCAAAGGUCGAGUCAUGUAUCCUCCGAAACAUGACCUGCCAAACCGCUCUUCUUAACACCCGCCCGCUUAACCUGGGAAGCCAGCCGCACCAACGUGUCGGAGGAAACACCGUUCAACUGACGACCGAAGUCAGCCUGCAGGCGCCCAGCCCGCCACAAGGAGUCGCUAGAGCGCGAUGAGCCAAGUGAAGGCCCCCCGGCCAAACCCUCCCCUAACCCAGAUGACGCUGGGCCAAUUGUGCGCCGCCCUAUGGGACUCCCCAAUCACGGCUGGUUGUGACACAGCCUGGGAUCGAACCCCAGGCUGUAGUGACGACGCAACACUGCGACGCAGUGCCUCAGACCGCUGCGCCACUCUGGAGUUUUUUUAAAGGGCAAUAAGAUAAUAUAACUUCACAUGAGUCAAACAGGUGGUUUUCGGACACGUGUAAAGUUUCACAUACAUUUUUCACAUGACUCAGACGUGGUUUCAUAUAAUAAAUUCCACGUUUUGCUUUUGUAACUGGAGAGAUUAGAAUCCGGAUCUCCCACGGGAGAAGCCGACGUCUUGACCAUUAGACCAAGAGGGCCAAAGCUAACUUUUGAAGUCGCAAGCGGGGCUACCUCGUCACGUGACCAUGAGCAACCGCGAUCGACUCAUUCAUCGUGUGACCAUGAGCAACCGCGAUCGACUCAUUCAUCAUGUGACCAUGAGCAACCAUGACCGACUCAUUCAUCAUGUGACCAUGAGCAACCAUGACCGACUCAUGUCCUCUGGACUUUCACAUGUGUAUUUUCACAUUUUAAUGUCAACUUGGCAGGUAGCUUAGGGGUUAAGAGCGUUGUGCCAGUAACCGAAAGUUCGCUGGUUCUAAUCCCCGAGCUGAUUAGGUGAAAAAUCUGUCGAUGUGCCCUUGAGCAAGGCACUUAACCCUAAUUGCUCCUGUAAGUCGCUCUGGAUAACAGCGUCUGCUAAUUGACUAAAAUGUAAAUGUCAACUCAGGCUGUCAAACGAUUACAUUUUUUAAUUGAGUUUAUCGCAGGAUUUGCUGUGAUUAAUCAGGAUUAAUCGCAAAUUCAUAAUUUGCUCAAAUUGAGCUGUAAUUUAAGAUUCUUUAUACGAAAAUGCCUUACAAGAAUAUUGACGUCUUGAUUUUGUCCAAAGCAACGGUUAGCAAAUCAGGUAAAUUGACAAACACACUUUCUUUAAGCUCAAAGUCAGCUUGUUUUGACAUUGCAUUGUUGUUUUUAGCUGUAUAGAUGAUGUAUUUUGGAUGUUUUCAGUGUAUUAACUUGAGUUAACGGAUUACCUCUGACAGCGCUAAUUUUAACAUGUUAACGAUGAUAAAUAAGGAGGCACGGAGCGCUAGUUUCUCUGUUCUUUUCACUGGGCUUCGUCCAACGGUCACUGACCAACGUAUGAAGAAGAGAGGCGUGUGCCUGCAGCAGUAACAUGACGAAUGGAUGGCUCAGAAAUAAUACGUUAUUAUUUUUAACACACUUUUGAUAGGCUCAGGUAGGCUAAGUUACCUUUCCAGAGAAUGGCAUUACAGAAUUUGCAAUUCCAUAUGUGGAAACAUUGCUAUUACAAUAUGUCAACACCACCUUUUUACAUGUGAGGAGAAUAACAUUAUUUCACCACCAUGUGAGUUUUUCACUUGGAGUUUUCUUACACGUGAAACUGCAAAUUAGGAUUUUAUUUUGUGAUGAUUUUCACAUGUGAACUUGAAAUUCCACAUGUGAAUGUGACACUUUCACAAGAGAAAGUGUUUCACAUGUGAAACUGCAUAUCAGAUUUUCACGUGAAAGUUUUUAAAAUGUGAAUCAGCAAAUUUCACAUGUGCAACUGCAAUUACACAUCUAAAGUGAAAACAUGUUUUUUUUUCUCAUGUGAAAAGGUGGUGUUAGCAUGUGAAUUCUACAUUUAAUUUAAGCUCAACAUGUGCAAACAGUUAUUUCAAAUGUGGAAAUGUGAUUUCACAUGUGAAACUGCAAAUUUGACAUUUGUAUUUUUUUUGUAAGGGUCAAUGUCCAGUGGACUCAAUGUUUUGAUUUUCUGUAAAAUAAAAUAUUGGUACUGGCCCAAAAACCAUGACUUCCCUAGUAGGGAACAAUAAUCAUUAUUACUGUCAAUCUCUAUGUGUUGAAUGAAUGUUUUACACAGCAGGGUAGUAUGCAGGAGGGAAAACAGCGGUUUGAAUGAGGGUCCUGACUCCCCCCACUCUGUGUUCCCUUCCCACUAGAGCUGUCAUCUGAAGCUAAACGAUCUGUUCUCUGAGAAGCUCUACCUGAUUGGUCUAGCUGCCCUGGUGGUCGCUGUCAUCAUGGUGAGUAGCGUUACCACGGAGACGCUCCUGGACAGCAGUCGGAUUUUCCUUUCUUUUGAUGUUGAUUAAUUAAAGGUUGAAUAAAUGUCUUUUUUUUUUUUUCACUCUAGAUCUUUGAGAUGAUCUUCACCAUGGUUCUCUGCUGUGGGAUCCGCAAUGCCACCCCAGUGUACUAGAACCACAGAACCCUACUAGAACAACGGACCCAUAGAACCACAGAACCACAAUGGAGGGGCUCAAAGGUACAAAUCCUCUACAGAUCAAAGUAAACGAAGAGGAUUGAAAACGUUACAUUUUGUGUUGUAGUUCCUGCUACUUCUUAUCAUGUUGCAGAAGUAUGUACAUUUCUAUCAGUAUUAUAAAUAGAGACUAGAUUGUAUUACAGUAUUUUCUAUGUUUUAACAAUACUUCUAAUAAGCAUUUCGCUACACUCGCAAUAACAUCUGCUAAAUAUGGAUAUGCGACCAAUAUAAUUUUAUUUGACGGUUUGAGCCUGUCGAUAAUCUUCGAUGACAGUCAGGCGGUGACCAACAGACAUUCAGCAUCUCUCUAAUGCUAAACCUUUUACUUUCUUUUUUCUUUGAGCCUUUUGUAUGUUUUCGUGAAGUACUUCUCCAAGGUUUUGUAUGUUUUCGUGAAGUACUUCUCCAAGGUUUUGUAUGUUUUCGUGAAGUACUUCUCCAAGGUUUUGUAUGUUUUCGUGAAGUACUUCUCCAAGGUUUUGUAUGUUUUCGUGAAGUACUUCUCCAAGGUUUUGUAUGUUUUCGUGAAGUACUUCUCCAAGGUUUUUGUAUGUUUUCGUGAAGUACUUCUCCAAGGU